AUGAUUCAAUCAGGAUUAUUGUUCAGUUUGGCAUCGAUCCUGCAUAUAGCGCAUAUCAUGUUGACUGAUGGGAUGUUGUUUCCUCACGAAUUGAGAUCUGGUAGAGAUAGGGCCGUGGGAGGAUCAUCGAUUGCAUCGAUGGCCGUAUUCCCAAGGGUCUAUAUCCCCUAA